AUGCACUUUGAGUCGAUCAAUUAUUUCUCAGGAUUGCAAUGGGCGGGGAAUGAUAAAGGGAUUUUUAUUAUAAAAGGAACGGCUGUGGUUGAGUUCCUUGGUUGGGGAAAGGGCUUUUCAUCUUUCUUUUCCUUUUCUUCUUCCUUUUCUUCUUCCUUUUACUCUACUUCUACGAAGCAUUUAUUUCUCUUUCAUACAUAUUCUCGUUCUCCUGCUUCUUACAUUUUGUCUUUCUUUUCUUAUUUAUCGACUUUUUCCUCUCUUAGUAUUUUCUUCCAUUUAUCUUUUCGUUCUUCUUAUUCUUCUAGAGAUUCUUUUCUUUCCUUUCUUUUUUUUUCUCUAUUCAUCCGAUCAAUUUUCGUUCCUUCUUCUCCAGAUCAAUAUUUUCUUCUCUUUCUUCAGAUUAUAACAGAUUUAUUUAUUUCUAUUUUUCUUUCUUCUUCUCUUCCUCUUCUUCGUCCGAUUAGCGUUUUCUUCUAUCUGUUUCCUCAUUUUUCUGAUUCUUAUAGAAUUUUUCCUUUUUUAAUUCCUCCUUUGCUUCCGAUUACUAUUUUCGUUCAUUUAUUUUCUCCUUCUUCUGUUUCUUUCUUUCUUUCAUUAUAUUUUCUUUCACUUAUUUUCUUUUUGGUCAACAUUUUUCAUCAUUCUCUCUUUUCCUUCAUCUUACACUUUCUACUUUUCAUUCUUCUUUUCUUUCUCUUUUCCUUUCAUCUUUUUCUGCUUUCUUGUUUUUGCAUCUUAUCCCGCAUUGCUCUGCUGAUUUCUCAUUUUUUUUUGUUAUCCAUUCAUUUUCACGUCCUUUUAAAUUCUUUUUGUUUGUUCUCUUUCAUUAUUUAUAAUUAUCUGUUCGUCUCUUUUUUUUUUAACUCUCUCUCCGUCCUUAACUUCCCUUACAUUUAUCUCUUUAAUCCUUUCUUGCUUUCCAGUUUUUCCCUUUUCUCCAAAUCUUACAUUUGUUCUCUUUUUAUCUCUUCACACUAUCUCUUACUCGCUUCCCUUUCUAUUUUCUAUAUAAAACUUCCUUUUUUUUCUUUUAUCUCUACCCUCCGCUACCACUCUAGUUCUCACUCCACUCUACCUUAUCGUUAA